CGCGCGCGGCUCCCGUCACUCGAACGCGCGCGGCGGGAAGAUGGCGGAGUCCGGUGGCAGCGGCGGUGGGGCUGGCGGCGGUGGCGGCUUCGGCGCAGGCCCGGGCCCCGAGCGCCCGAACAGCAUGGCUGAUAAGAAUGGGGCCCUCAAGUGCACCUUCUCGGCACCUGGCCACAGCACCAGCCUCCUGCAGGGCCUGGCCACCCUCCGUGCCCAGGGCCAGCUCCUGGACGUGGUGUUGACCAUCAACAGAGAGGUCUUUCAUGCGCACAAGGUGGUCCUGGCUGCCUGCAGCGAUUACUUCAGGGCUAUGUUCACGGGAGGCAUGAGGGAGGCCAGCCAGGAUGUCAUUGAGCUGAAAGGCGUGUCUGCCCGCGGCCUGCGACACAUCAUCGACUUCGCCUACAGCGCCGAGGUGACCCUGGACCUCGACUGCGUGCAGGACGUGCUGGGCGCCGCGGUGUUCCUGCAGAUGCUGCCGGUGGUGGAGCUGUGCGAGGAGUUCCUCAAGGCCGCCAUGAGCGUGGAGACCUGCCUCAACAUCGGCCAGAUGGCCACCACCUUCAGCCUGGCCUCGCUCAGGGAGUCUGUGGACGCCUUCACCUUCCGCCACUUCCUGCAGAUCGCCGAGGAGGAAGACUUCCUGCGCCUGCCCCUGGAGCGCCUGGUCUUCUUCCUGCAGAGCAACCGGCUGCAGAGCUGCUCCGAGAUCGACCUGUUCCGAGCCGCCGUCCGCUGGCUGCAGCAUGACCCGGCCCGGCGGCCGCGCGCCAGCCACGUGCUGUGCCACAUCCGCUUCCCGCUCAUGCAGUCGUCGGAGCUGGUGGACAGCGUGCAGACGCUGGACAUCAUGGUGGAGGACGUGCUCUGCCGCCAGUACCUGCUGGAGGCCUUCAACUACCAGGUGCUGCCCUUCCGUCAGCACGAGAUGCAGUCUCCACGCACCGCCGUGCGCUCCGACGUCCCCUCCCUGGUCACCUUCGGUGGCACCCCCUACACUGACAGUGACCGGUCCGUCAGCAGCAAGGUGUACCAGCUGCCCGAGCCAGGCGCCCGGCACUUCCGCGAGCUCACGGAGAUGGAGGUGGGCUGCAGCCACACGUGCGUGGCCGUGCUGGACAACUUCGUGUACGUGGCCGGGGGCCAGCACCUGCAGUACCGCAGCGGCGAGGGCGCCGUGGACGCCUGCUACCGCUACGACCCGCACCUGAACCGCUGGCUGCGCCUGCAGGCCAUGCAGGAGAGCCGCAUCCAGUUCCAGCUCAACGUGCUGUGCGGCAUGGUGUACGCCACGGGCGGCCGCAACCGCGCCGGCAGCCUGGCCUCGGUGGAGAGGUACUGCCCCCGGCGCAACGAGUGGGGCUACGCCUGCUCGCUCAAGCGCCGCACCUGGGGCCACGCUGGGGCCUCUUCUGGGGGCCGCCUCUACAUCUCGGGGGGCUACGGCAUCUCGGUGGAGGACAAGAAGGCGCUGCACUGCUACGAUCCCGUGGCCGACCAGUGGGAGUUCAAAGCACCCAUGAGCGAGCCCCGGGUGCUCCACGCCAUGGUGGGCGCUGGUGGCCGCAUCUAUGCCCUUGGUGGCCGCAUGGACCACGUGGAUCGCUGCUUCGAUGUGCUGGCUGUGGAGUACUACGUGCCCGAGACGGACCAGUGGACCAGCGUGACCCCCAUGCGGGCUGGCCAGUCGGAGGCCGGCUGCUGCCUGCUGGAGAGGAAGAUCUAUAUCGUGGGGGGCUACAACUGGCGCCUCAACAACGUGACGGGCAUCGUGCAGGUGUACAACACGGAGACGGACCAGUGGGAGCGGGACCUGCACUUCCCAGAGUCCUUUGCAGGCAUCGCCUGCGCCCCUGUCCUGCUGCCGCGCGCCGGGGGCAGGAGGUAGUUCCUUGGACUCCUGGGAUCCUGGCCCAGCUGCAUGUGGUCUCCCAGCCUGCCUGGCAGGCACAGCUGGGCAGGGAACCUCAGGCACCCCCCAGCACUGGCCUCCAGAGGCCUGCUGAGCCGAGGGGCUGGGCACCCUCCUGAGGUAGAUCCUGGCUCUGAGUCCAGCCCAGGGGCCCAGCCCCAAAGGCCACCACAUCAUGGCACCAAGCUCAUGCCCCAGGUGGUUCCCUCACCCAGCCUGCAAGUCCUGCUAUGGGGGGCAGCCGGGCUCCUCCUGGUGUCAUUGUGUGGCUCUGCUUCCCUUCCCUCCCGUCCCUACCCAGCUCUGCCUGCCUGUGGUUCAGAUGCUCAGACGUGAGCCCAUGAACACCGAAUGCCAGGCCCCUGGGAUGCACCUCCCCGCCCUCCUGAGUCGCCCAAAGCCUCCCUAACGUGGGUGCUCUCAGGGCAGGAGAGGCAGCUCCAGAGCCCCUGGGUUGGGCUGAUGGAUGGGGAGGGCCUCUCUGCUUCCCCAGAUGUGCUUGCCCAACCUGUUCAGCCUGAGCUGCCGCGAGGCCUCUGCCUGCGUCCCCCUGCCUGUCCUGGGCCCCUGCACCUUAAGGGCCCCUGCUCGUCUGCUUGCAGGAGAAACCACAGCUGACUCCCGGAGGCAGCCCUGAGGGCGCUGGGCCCUCCAUUUGGCGCUGAGCAUCACCCAGGGCCUGAACGAGGGUGGCCGGCCAAGAUGCCCCAUCUGCCGCCUUGGCUCUGGGUGGCCAGGCUGUCCCUUCCCACGGUGGAGAGGACAGCAGCCCAGGCUCCAGAGUGCUUCUGCAUCCUGCAGGGCUGUGGACAAUUUUGAUUCCCCUCCCUCAGCCCAGCCCAGCCCUGGUUUUAGGUCAAUGCACCACCAAGCCUGAGGCCACCCUUGGGCGGGCGCUGGGGCUGCUCCUUCAAGGGCUUUGCGGUAUCUCUGGCCACAUUUGUUUUGGUGUCUAACCCUCUAAACGUCUUCUUUUUGUUUUGUUUUACUGUUCUUUUUU